AAAAGGCGCUGAACGACAAUGGCGAAAGAGGAGAUUCUGCUUUGCUGCCAUCCAUCAAGAGCGAUGGCGAGGAGUUAGGAGAACUUUUGCGGUGCCAAACACGAAUACAGGUGACUCGGAGUUUCCUUCAAAGGAAACAGUUUUGUGGAAGCUGCACUCUACCGUUUGAGGUGUCGGAAUUUGCCCUGGGCCUUCGCUGCGGUCACUACUUCCAUCCGGCGUGUCUUACUGUAGACCUUGCGACCAGCCUUUCAAGGUCUUGUCCGCUUGACAACAUCAAAAUUCAGCCUAAACUCAGGCGACAAAACGCGAUCGCCCGAUGGCUGCCACCGGCGGAUGACAUGAACCCCAGCCCAAAGCUGAGCAGCCUGUCCUCGAACCCGGACGUGGUGCAGAUCCUGUACCCGCCGCUGGAGGUGCGCGUCUGCAGGAUGAGUCUCUCCGAGCGUCCUCGGGACCAGCAAGCUUACAAGCAGAAUUUCUCGCAGCCAACCCUCCGCCCGAAGAAAACCUCCCCUAAACCUAAACGAAAAAGGCUGAAAGCGCCCAAAGAAAAACUCAGGAAAGAGCCUGUCCAACUACCCGUCAUUGGAGGGGUACCUGAGACGAUGCAAAGGAAUCUAAGUGCCCAAAUCCAGCCGCUAAUGGCCGUGCUCAUGUCCCCGAGGCCACAAUCUGCCAGCACGUCCAGUUACGAUUCAGAAACCUCCUCAGAAAGCGACAAGAAAGCGGUGCCUCGUCUAUCGGUCAAGUCGUUGGAGCUGCCGGAAAAAUGCGCGGGUCUCAUACCAAAAGGACGCGACUGCCCCCGACGGAGCCGGAACCUGAUCGCUUGGAGGCGAGUGGGCCCCAGGGGCAGACCCGACACAGCGCCGUUGUCGUCAGCGGUGCCAGUGACGUCAUUAACGCCGGGCGCAAUCGCUGCGACGGCGCCGACCAUCAACGGACUUCUGGACGCCUUCCUCUUGGACUGUGCGCAGCUUUCUCUCUCGCCGAGGUACGAGCCGGCCAACAACCCCAUUGACUGCGUCCCCGAAAAUAAAUUAAGGAUAGAUUUGAAUCAAUGAAAUCUAUGCAUCUGAGGAGUGGAGAGCGGCGCACAGUGGAUCGAGCCAAUGGGAGAGGUCGGGCAUGAAUUGGACUGCAUUUUGCAAUUUGGAACUAUAA